AUGCUAGUAGAACAAUUAUCAGCUGGUUCGCAGGAAGUGAAGGUUGUCGCAACCCGUGAACUCCGAUUAAUGGCAAAAAUCGGGAAGGAGAAUAGUUGCUCAAGAGAAUGCCCUGACUACAUAUUGAACAUAUCUAUUCAUGAUGAAAACAAGAGAAAGAUUAUGGAGGAGAAUGGUUGUUUGGAAUUAAUAGUAUAUGUUCUGAGAUAUGGGUUAACUACUGAGGCAAGGGAGAAUGCAGCUGCUACAUUGUUCAGCCUCUCUGCUGUCCAUGACUUCAAGAAGAUGAUUGUGGAUGAGCAUGGUGUUGUUGCAGCACUAGCUGAUUUGCUGAUGCAGGGAAGCCCAAGGGGAAAGAAAGAUGCAGUGAUGGCCUUGUUUAAUCUUUUGACCCAUCCUGAGAGCUGGUCCCAAAUGUUGAAUAUGGGAGCAGUUUCAGCCCUGGCGGGAGCUUUGAGAGAUGAAAUUGUUGCUGAGGAGGUUGCUGGAGCUCUGACAUUGCUUAUGAGGCAUCACAUUCUGGCGCAGACAAUUGCAAGUGAGGAUACUGCAAUCACAAAUCUGGUAGGGUUAAUGAAAAGGGGCACCCCUAAGGCAAAGGAGAAUGCAAUUGCAGCUUUGCAAGAAAUGUGCAGACGUGGAGGAUUAAAUGUGAUAUAG